AGCACUUGAAAUAUGUGUAAACUUAUUACAAUGGGACGUCCGAACUCAGCCAAAAGGCGAUUUAAGUCUUUAGCUAUUUUACCGAUUCAGGUGAUUGCGAGUGCAUGUUACUAUCAACACUCGUACAGUAUUGGUUGUCGCUAGUUUACAUUUUACAAAACAGGCCACAUGUAAGCGGGGUUAAGUUAUAAACAUGUAAACAGGCGCUGAAGAAGUGAGGGCGAACUGCCUUGCCUGGAUCGUUGUCUGCCAAGUUGUUCAGCUCGUGGCCAGGUCAGGUCAGCUAAAAUCAAAUGAUUGACACAAUAGGAACUUGUUGAUGAAAUAAGAAUUUAACAGAGCGACGAAUCAAUCAUUGGAAACACAUUUGCAGAUGUAAAUCCGUAAUAAUAACGGUCAACAUUGUAACUUUAAGAGCCACGUGAUCAAUACAAAUGACAGGUGUAGGCAACUGUCCUGGUGAAAUCUGAGAAUUUAGCUGGUUAGUUAGCCAGGUCAAGAUUGUGUAUAUUUUUCCUGUAUGAAUUUCUAAUAUUUAAUGUACUUUUACCACAAAUGUAUUCACCACAAAUGUAUGUACAUAUGUGUUUAAUUCCAGUUGGGGCAAAAGAAACUGACAUACAAAGAUUUAAGCAAUUCAUCAAAGCCGCUGGCCUGCGCUUUCAAAGCACGAUUAGAAAUACUGUGGCCAUCAAGAUGAGCUGAAUUAUUGAAGUCCAAUGGUGAAUUCUCUCGCCAACAUGCCAUGUAUAAACCAUGCAACGCAAAGAAAUAUACAAGAGUAGUCCAUAGUGAUUGAAGAGCCCUUCAGGAGUUGUGCUACAGCAAGAAGAUGAACUACAAAGAUACCGUUCUGGGGGAGGAUGACUUCAGUGAGCUGAACUUCCUUACUGAAACCAAGGUGUGCGAGAUCCUGGCAGUCUGCGAAGAGAAUAAAGACUACACCCCUUUGAUUCGGGCCAUAGGCAGAGUGUUUUCUAACUCAGAGUUCCUCAUGCGAAGUUUCCGCAAGACCAAAGAACAGAGCCCAGACAAGCUAAAGUCACGGCAGGCCGAGAACAAGACAGAGGCCGAGCAAGGGGCGUCAUCCAGCUCAACAGCUACCUCUAAGCCCUCUACUAGCAAGAAAGCAGAGAAGAAGGAUGACAAAAGUGGUGAUGAUGAUAGUGAUGAUAGUGAUGAUGAUGAUGAUGAUGAUGAUGAUGAUGAUGAUGAGGUGACAGUGGACAUUGAUAGUUUGAGAAGAGUGUAUGACAAAAUAUUGCCCCAUGAGCAAAUCGAAGCCGCCAUCGUCAAUGCCUUGGUGUAUAUGAUGCCAAGCGUGGAGAGUGAGCUGACCUACCACGACGCGUAUUCCUUCGACCACAAUUACCUCAACUUGUUUGUAAUAAUAAUGGAGAAUACCAACCUUCACAGCCCGGAGUACCUCGAGUCAGCAUUUCCUCUUUUCUGCAAGGCCAUGAGCGCGCUUUCCCUCCCUGGGCAAGCACGCCUGGCGCGCCUGUGGUCAGAGUUUGCCACCGAGCACAUCCUCCGACUGAUGGAGACUUUCCAGCAGCUCAUCACUUACACGGUUGUCUGUAAUGACUUUGACAACGAAAACUUAGUCAACGAAGAUGAAACGGUGGUGGCCGCAGUCAAGUGUUUAAAGGUUGUCUACUUCGCUAAUAUUCUGGCCGGGAGGCUGGACUUGGAUCAGAACGAGGAAGAUGAUGACAUGCUGAUAGAGUCCAAUGACCUGACGUUGCAAGAACUGCUGGGGGAGGAAGAACGAAGCCCUAGGGGCCCCAGGGUGGACCCUCUGGAGGUAGAACUUGGUGUCCGAGCGUCUGACUGCCGAUGUCCGCUCAUAUCCUUUGAGGAGUUCAUUAACGAACCGCUGAAUGAGGUGCUCGAAAUGGACAAGGACUAUGUCCUUUUUAAAGUGAACACGGAGGGCAAGUUUGCCUUCAUGAACUGCCCUUUCAUCCUUAAUCCUGUGACUAAGAAUCAGGGACUGUACUACGACAACAGAAUUCGAAUGUACAGUGAACGCCGGAUCACUGCGCUGUACAGUAUGGUCGAUGGACAACAAGCUAACCCUUAUUUACGACUCAAAGUCCGAAGAGACCAUCUCAUUGAUGAUGCAUUGAUCAGGCUGGAGAUGAUUGCGAUGGAGAACCCCUCAGACCUGAAGAAGCAGCUCUACGUGGAGUUUGAAGGAGAACAAGGGCUGGAUGAAGGAGGAGUUUCCAAAGAGUUUUUUCAGAUGGUUGUUGAAGAGCUCUUCAACCUAGAUAUUGGCAUGUUCACCUAUGACGAGACAACCAAGGUGUUUUGGUUCAACUCAUCUUCACUGGAAAAUGAGGGCCAGUACACACUCAUAGGAAUUGUCUUAGGCCUGGCCAUAUACAACAACUGCAUCUUGGAUGUGCACUUUCCCAUGGUGGUUUACAGAAAGCUGAUGGGCAAGAAAGGAACCCUUCUGGACUUAGCGGAUUCUCACCCGCCUCUCUAUCGGAGUCUCAAAGAGAUACUGGAUUACGAAGGCAACGUAGAGGCCGACAUGAUGCUCACCUUCCAAAUCUCACAAACUGACCUAUAUGGAAAUCCUGUCACGCAUGACCUGAGAGAAUUUGGAGACGACAUCCCUGUAACCAACGACAACAGAAAGGAGUUUGUGUCUCAGUAUGCUGAUUAUGUGCUAAAUCAAAGCGUGGAGGUGCAGUUCAAGGCUUUCAGACAAGGCUUUCACCAGGUGACUAACGAGUCCCCGCUGAAGUACCUGUUCCGGCCCGAUGAAAUAGAGCUGCUGAUUUGCGGAAGCAGGAACCUGGACUUCCGUGCCCUUGAAGAGAGCACAGACUAUGACGGGGGCUACAACAAAGAGAGUCGUGUCAUUAAAGAUUUCUGGGAAAUUGUGCACUCUUUCGGAGACGAGCAGAAGAAGCUUUUUCUCCAGUUCACUACUGGCACUGACAGAGCACCUGUGGGAGGCCUUGGGAAACUGAAGAUGAUCAUAGCCAAAAAUGGCGAGGAUUCAGACAGGUUACCUACAUCCCACACUUGCUUUAAUGCCCUGUUGCUUCCUGAAUAUUCUACCAAAGAGGCGCUAAGAGAGAGACUCCUAAAAGCCAUCACUUACGCCAAAGGAUUUGGCAUGCUGUGAGGUCUACCCACACGCCCAAUGGUUAAUUUGCUUUCAUUAAAACAAACUGAGAAAAGAUUAGCCAAAAGAGGUUGUGAGAUGGCCAUAAUAUGUACUGGUUCCCCUCCCCUAAUUUAAUUUAGGAUUUAUAGUGUUAUCGGCAUAUGUGAUGUAUUUUGUGAAAGUGGAAUGGAUUCUUAAAACUACCUUGAAUCCAGUUUGCUUUUCUUGAAUUCUAUUGUGUCUGAGGAUAAAAGAAUGGACGUUAAUUGCUAAUUUUUAAAAUAUGAAUUUGUGCAUUCAAUGCUGGCAUGAAGUGUUUUUUUUAUGGCAAAUACUGUGAAUUUUAUGACAGAAUAUAUUAGUUUGAAAAGCAUAUAUACUAUGUUUCUAUAUAGCAUUUUUGAGGGACUGAGUUGUUUCAAAAAUGUUUCCUGUGGUGGGUAAUGUUUCGAAAUUUGAACUAUGUACGCGAGCCAGCGAUUUGUUGUUUUAAAUGCUGACGUGUUAUUGCAAUUUACUCAGGAUAUAUCACAUUUUAAUAUUUUAGUAUCUCUAGUGUUCAUAUACGGUAGAACCUACUGCACUGCAGUCAGUGGUGCUUGUUUUGGAGUGGUGCAUUUCAGUCUGAUCUUGUCAUCUAAUUCCUCAUUUAUUUGGUUUGUAUGUCUGUCUAAAUGUGUCAAUUCUAGGUGAUAAUGAUCACACAUACACACACACACACACACACACGCACGCUCACAUGAAUGCAGACAUGCACACACCCACACACUUAACUGUAUGGAGAAAAUUAUGAGUCCAUGUAUGGUGCUACAUUAAAAUGUUCUCACUUG